AUGUCAGAAAAGAAGCAAGACGAGUCAGAAAGCUCGAUAUAUAGAUCUGGGACGGCAUCCAAUACUGAUUUAACUACUCGUGAUGCUGUAUUUGGAGAAAUCAGUGGGCAAGGCCCAAAUUACCGCAAUUUGGGAUGGCUUGGAACUUCUGUUCUAAUGAUGAAGGCUCAAAUUGGACUCGGCGUUCUCUCGAUUCCAAGUGCAUUCGAUGCGAUAGGACUCGUUCCAGGUGUAAUUUGCCUUUUAGCAAUCGCUAUCAUCACGACCUGGUCUGACUACAUAAUCGGUGUGUUCAAACUUCGCCACUGUGAGGUAUAUGGGAUCGAUGAUGUUGGUGGAAUGCUUCUGGGUCGUUCAGGAAAGGCUAUUCUCGGCACUGCCUUUGUUCUCUGGUGGACCUUCUGUGCUGGAUCAGGAAUGCUUGGCUUGUCAAUUGGCUUGAAUGCGGUUUCGUCCCAUGCCACCUGUACUGCUGUCUAUGUGUUCAUUGCGGCUGCUACUACUGCUGCUCUAUCUAGUAUUCAAACUCUUGGUCGAAUCUCCUGGCUUGCAUGGAUUGGUUUGAUAUGUAUUCUCACAGCAGUUCUCAGUGUCACCAUCGCAGUCGGCGUUCAAGAUCGCCCAUCAGCUGCACCUCAAACUGGUAUUUGGGUAUCUGACUAUCAGAUUACUAAAAAGCCAUCAUUCAGUGAAGUCGCUACCGGGUUAUCUACAAUGGUUUUUGCAUAUGCCGGUACACCCGCCUUCUUCUCUAUUGUUUCUGAGAUGCGUGAGCCUAAGCACUACGGUCGAUCACUUGUGGUUUGCCAGUCAGUGGUUACAAUUUUUUACCUAGCGAUUGGCAUCGUCGUAUACUAUUUCUGUGGAUCAUAUGUUUCAUCUCCGGCUCUUGGAUCAGGGGGUCCGACUAUGAAGAAAGUUAGCUAUGGAUUUGGAAUUCCUGGCCUCUUAGUCAGUACACUGCUUUUCAUUCAUCUCUCAGCAAAGUUUAUCUUCAUCCGCAGUUUACAAGGCUCUAGACACCUAAGUGCAAAUACCAUCACGCACUGGGCAGUCUGGCUCAGCUGUACUAUCGGUGUUGCCCUCGUUGCAUACAUCAUAGCCAGUGCGAUUCCAGUAUUCAGCGACCUGGUUUCUCUCAUUGGAGCUCUGUUCGGUACACCGCUUUGUUUCCAGCCGAUGGCCGGUAUGUGGCUCUAUGAUAACUGGAACAAGAGAAAUACUUCUCGGUCUACAAGAUGGAUGCUAAUGGUUGCAUGGUGUGCUUUUGUCAUUGUUGCUGGCACGUUCCUGAUGAUUGGAGGGACCUAUGGGUCUAUUGUUAGUAUCAUUGAUAGUUAUAAAGCUUCGGGGGGCUCGGCUGCUUGGUCGUGCGCCGAUAACUCGAGGUGA